CUAAACAAAAUGUCUCUUGAGCGUGCUAUUCGUGCCAAGAUUGCCGGCAAGCGCAAUCCCGAGAUGGACAAGGAAGCCCAGGAAUGGAUUGAGGCUAUUAUCGGUGAGAAAUUCCCCGCUGGUCAGUUGUAUGAGGAUGUGUUGAAGGACGGUCAGGUUCUGUGCAGACUCAUCAACACUCUGCAGCCCAAUGCCGUGCCAAAGGUCAACUCAUCUGGCGGCCAGUUCAAGUUCAUGGAGAACAUCAACAACUUCCAGAAGGCGCUGAAGGAAUACGGCGUGCCCGAUAUUGAUGUCUUCCAGACCGUCGACUUGUACGAAAAGAAGGAUAUCGCCCAAGUUACCAACACCAUUUUCGCCCUGGGCCGUGCUACCUACAAGCAUGAUGAAUUCAAGGGACCCUUCCUGGGCCCCAAGCCUGCCGAUGAGUGCAAGCGCGAUUUCACCGAGGAGCAGCUGAAGGCUGGCCAAACUGUUAUUGGUCUGCAGGCUGGCUCCAACAAGGGUGCCACCCAGGCUGGUCAGAAUAUUGGCGCUGGCCGCAAAAUCUUGAUCGGCAAGUAAAUUUGGAAGCGCAUGUGCGCCAGCAGAUCUUGGACUUGUCAUUCUUUCAUAAUUUAUUUUAAAUAUUUUUGUAAAAGAACUAAAUAUUUUUAAGUUUACAAAACCACAUUAAAAAACAACAAAAAUAUUCCCAAUACACCCACACAUAAACACAAACACAAAAGGAAAAAAACCGCACACUAUAAUUACAUUAAGUAUACGCAUAAGUUAAUUUAUAAAAUAAAAAAGAUAUUGGAGAAAAACGCUUGAAGGAAUUAAAAGUUUGUGAAAACAUC